AUGCCUGACAACUCAGAUCUCCUGGCCUUCGAUGAUGGAGAUGAGCCAGGUAAAGAUCUCCCUCUCAAAACCCUGACUCGAUCUCGCUCAACGGAAGAAAGAUUGAACAAGAUCCAAAUGGAAGAUCUAGGCAACGCCAAUGCAGAGAGAGUGAUGGUCGGGGAUUCCAGCGAGUAUUACCAGUUCAAGGCCCUCAUCAUUCGCCGUAGCGAUAUCCCCGGAACCCCAGAAUACGAACAAGCGCAAAAGGACAAGGAUAAAACUUCUCCAUGGACUGACUAUGUCAAGACAAAGGACGCCAUCGAGACAACCGUGGGUGCGAAGAACCCUGUCGGCUCAGAAAUUGGACAAGGCCACCGUCCAGGCCUUGAAAAACGCCUGGCUGACGAACGUCGCCACAAUAGACCGGAGGACUACCACCCGCAGCGCCCUGGCGGAAAGGCUCGAGGCAACGAUCCAAAGUAUGGCAAGCUUGCACAUUCUCAGCCUUCUCUCCCACCUGGCUCCUUGGAUCCCGCCAAAGACCCAGUCAACACACAGACCUACGGCAGACGCGGCGUAGUCCCCGCAAAGCGACGCCUUCCUUCGCUAGUAGCACCUGCAAAAGCACCCCUUCCUCCGCCAGGAGCGCCAACGCGACCGGCUAGACUCACAAAAUACCCUGCGAACAUGGUAACUGCAAAAGGACCCCUUCCUCAGCCAGCAGCGCGAGCGAGACCAGCCAGGCCCACAAAGUACUCUGAGAACUUGAUGAGUGCGCCCCAAUUUAUGGCUGCUCUGCGUCAUUUAGAGGGGGCAGCAGCCGAAGCUCGUGAUAACUCAACCAGUCGCAAGAAUGCCGAAGAUAGUCAAGUUGAUGUCAACGCGCCUGAUAUCAGAAAAGUCAAGCUUGAGGAACUCUCAUUCCCAGCACAAUGCCACUUGGACCCAAAUGACGUCUCCACUCACACUGACGGAGCACCAAGCCCGGUUUCGACCUCCGAGCUGGCGGACUUGAUCGAUAUGGACGAUGACUCGAUUGAUGGUCUGGAUGAGCUUACUGAAGGCUUCAAAGGGCUAGGUUUAUCCGAUCAGGACUGUUCCAUGAAGGCUUUGUCUGGCCCUGUGUCAGCGCCAGCCACAACUUGGUGUUGCGCUACUUCUAUCUGCGAGAGUAUUAUGGAUUCCCCAAACCCUACUCCUCUCUGCGAGAGUAUCAUGGACUCACCAGUCCCUACUCAAGCUCUGUACAAGAUCGAUGAAUUCGAUGGUCAGGUGCUAGUGCACAAUGGACGACGCUACAUUCGAGAAGACGAGGUACUUCAACUGAAAGCACAGCUUCUGCUGCUGGCUAACUACGGAGUCAACCGUCCUGAUCAAAUCCCUGGUAGAUCUGUCAGUGAUCAUGGCAAGGUCGUCAUCGAGAGCCAAGAUGCUCACAGCUCAUCCUCUAAUGCUCCAAUUUCUCAGAAGGCUAUUUCAGAUGUCGUUGAAGCAUCUGCGAACCUUGAAACUUCUCUGGGAUCAUCCAAACCUCCAGCAAUGAAGGCUUCUAGUUCAUCGGCCGGGCUGGCGCAGUCUCCUCUGGCUAGUCUACCUACCUCGACGACUGGAUCCCACAGCAAGAAACCUGUUAACGGCCUCAUGGAGUCGCGAUGGGCUCCCAAAAACUUUCCACCAGCGGCACCGGAGCAGUCUCCUCUGGCUAAUCGACCUACCCCGAUGACUGGAAUCCUCACUGAGAAAUCCGUCAAUGGUCUCACUCAAUGGCGCUGGGCUGCCAAAGACUUUCCGCCAGCUGCUCCGGAGCAGUCUCCUCUGGCAACUCUACCUACCCAGAUGAGGGGUCCCAGUCAGAAACCUGUCAAGGGUCUUAUGCACUCUCGAUGGGCGCCCAAAAAUUUCAAGACUCUACAAAACCCUCAAGCAGGGCUCGACGAAGACAAACUCUAACCCCCAAAAGCCAUAGAUCUUUGGGUCAGAUUGUCUUUGGAGGACUGUCUUGGAGCGCGCUUACGGACAUAUUUUACUUGAUCAGGUCCCAGUCGGC